GUCAUAUUUGUGUUUAUAAACAUCAUUGAUAUAAUUUUAUUUAUUAUGCAACCCAUGGGAAACUACGCGUAUGUGGUAAAUGCCCAGCUGGAAUUGUAAAACAAAUUGACGAUAUGUAUGUUGAUUUUAAUAUUCAUUUGAAUUUUGCUUUAAUUAUUGGGUAUUUUAAGUUGCUGAUAAGUGUUAUACAUUGAACAUAGAUUAAAUCCACCAAAACAAUUCGUAGUUAUUUGAAAUCUGAUAUUAGAUAAAGUAAGUGACAAAAAUAUGAAAAAUAAUCAAACUCUAUCUAUCAAAGUAUUGGAAAGUGUAACUCGAUAGUUAUUCAAAAUUACAAGCAACAAGAAUUUUAAAUUACUAUAUAACUCGAUAGUUUUCUUUGAAGGUCUGACAAAAAUGUUAUUUAAACAACAUUUGCCUCAAAAAAAUGUAUACAGAUGCAUUCAUGUACAUAAAAAUUGAUGGGUAUACUAUGGUAUCGCGGAAAAUUAGUAGUAGUGUUGAUUGAACCGUUUCAGAAAAGUUAAGGUAGAAGAACUCAAAAUUUAUGUUAGACUUUUAUGACAGGAAAUGCAUUUUUAGAUCAAAGGUAUAGUAAACAAAAAAAAAACUGCAAUUUAAUACAUCAUCUAAUCAAGUACUGUUCUAAGUGUAGAUAACAUAAUAUGCACUUUAGAUUCACAUUUUUAAUCCAUUACUGUACGCUUUCCUAAUCGACUACUGUGAUAUAUAAACAGCUCAAUAGAAAACUCGUAAAUGUCCCAUUAUAUUUGCCAAUAUGAGACUGACAACUGUACAACUGGUGGUGCUGUUAGCAUUAGCCACAUCAUGUUACGCCCAGAAAAAGAAUAAUUUCGCCGCCGGAAGAAACUCCAUCGUACAGUUGUUCGAAUGGCGAUGGGGUGAUAUUGCAAAUGAAUGUGAGCAGUUUUUGGGGCCCAGAGGAUUUGCAGGAGUUCAGAUAUCUCCUCCUUCUGAAAACAUCAUUAUUAAAGCAAGACCAUGGUGGGAGAGAUAUCAGCCAGUCAGUUACAAACUCAAAACUAGAUCUGGGGAUGCAGCCGCCCUUAAAGAUAUGAUAAGACGAUGCAACAAAGCGGGAGUAAGGGUAUAUCCUGAUAUUGUUAUCAACCACAUGGCUGCUUCUGGAGGUACCGGAACGGCUGGAAAUAACUGCAAUCCAGGAUCCAGAUCUUAUCCAGCUGUUCCAUAUGGCAAAGGAGAUUUCCACAAAAGUUGUGCGAUAAACAACUAUCACGAUGCGGCCGAGGUCAGAAACUGCGAACUUGUAGGUUUACCAGACUUAGAUCAGAGUAAGCAAUACGUUCGUUCCAAAAUAAUCGAAGUUAUGGACCACUUGGUAGACUUGGGUGUCGCAGGAUUUAGAGUUGAUGCAGCGAAACAUAUCUGGCCAGCUGAUUUGGACGCCAUCUACGGAAGUGUAAAGAAUCUCAACACGGAAUUUUUCCCUCCAAAUUCAAGGCCUUUCUAUUACCAAGAAGUCGUUGAUUUCGGUGGUGACGCAGUUAAAAGAGAAGAAUACCUUGGCUUUGGCAAUGUUUUGGAAUUCAGACACGGAUUUGAACUUAGCAAAGCGUUCCAGGGCAAAAAUCCACUAAAGUACCUAAAAAACUGGGGCACUGAAUGGGGUUUGAUGAAGCCCCAUGAUUCGGUAGUUUUUAUUGAGAACCACGAUACGCAGAGGAGCGGUAGCGGAGGCAUCAGCAUUCUUAGUUACAAGGAGUCCAAGGAAUACAAAAUGGCGACUGCUUUCAUGUUAGCUCAUCCACAUGGUGAAACGACACGGCUGUUCUCUGGUUACAGCUUCAAUAGCAAUGAUCAAGGACCUCCAAACAAUAACGGUAACAUUUUAGGACCUGGUGUCAAACCUGACAACACUUGCAGCAAUGGAUGGACUUGUGAGCACAGGUGGAGCCAAAUUUACAACAUGGUUGAAUUUAGAAACGUUGUAGCAGGUACUAAAUUAACUGACUGGUGGACCGACGGCAACCAGCAGAUUGCGUUCAGUCGGGGCAACAAGGGCUUCGUCGCAUUCACGGUUGCCGGAGACAUCAACGCAGACAUACAGACCUCACUUCCAGCGGGGACCUACUGCGACCUCAUUACCGGCAUUAAAUCGAACAAUUCAUGUACUGGAAAGGUCGUCAAAGUCGAUAGCAGCGGUAAGGCGCGCGUUAAGGUCAAUGCCAACCUCGAUGGGGCUGUCGCUAUUCAUGUAAAAGCUAGACUGCAGUCGAAGUUAUGAUUCCUGUAAUAUACGUGUGACUUGAAUAAAUAUUUGUAUAUGUA